AGGCCCUCCUCCCUCGGCCUCCUCCUCCUCCUCCUCUCCUCGGCCGGCCUCCUCUCCUCCUGAGGAGUCUCCUUCCCCUUCAAAGGCCUGGAGAUCUGUCCUUGCCAUUGUCCUGUCACUGGUGAGACGGAAUCCCAUGAAUCACAAAGGGGAAAGCCAGGCCUGCUUUUUCAGGGAGGGAAUGUUUCCAAGCUGCAGGGGGCUGAGUCCCUGGAUACUGAGGGAGGAAAUGUGAUUGUUGGCUGAGAAUUUUGGAGUAGAGCCUGUUGAGGGAUUUCUUUCCUUUGAGAGAAGAGGGAGGAAGAGCAUCUAGGGUCCAGUUUGCUUCUUCAUCUAACAGUGGUUACGACAUGGAGAGACCCAAUUCACCUGGAGCUGAAGCAGGACUUGGGAGCAGUGGGGCAUCCUGGGGAAAAGCUGCACAUAAGUACUUGAAUGUGGACCUUUAUAACUCAGACACACAGCGCCAGAGGUUCAGGCAGUCCUCCUACCAGGAAGGCGAAGGACCCAGAGAGGUUUGCAGCCACCUCCACGAUCUCUGCCACCAGUGGCUGAAGCCAGAGCAACACACCAAGGCUGAGAUGCUGGACCUGGUGAUCCUGGAGCAGUUCCUGAGCCUCCUGCCCCCAGAGAUGGGGAGCUGGGUCCGAGAGUGUGGGGCAGAGACCUGUUCCCAGGCGAUGGCCCUGGCGGAAGGCUUCCUCCUGAGUCGGGCAGAGGACAAGAGGCAGGAAGAACAGACCCGAAAUACCUGCAUUGGAGUCCGCCCUGAUGUCUCUGAAUCAGAGAAACCUCUAUCAGACACCACCCAGAGCCUCCAGCAGAAGGUGCUCAAGCAGGAAGGAAAUGGGGCUGCAGCCUUGCAGGGGGUUGGAAUGAUGUUGCUGAAUCCUCAGUUCUUUCUUCCCCUUUGUGAUGGAGUGGAACUGAAUCAGUGCCCAAUCGCCUUUGAGGACGUGGCUGUCAAUUUCUCCCUGGAGGAGUGGGUUCUCCUCAAUCCUGAUCAGAAAGUCUUGCACAUGCAGAUCAUGGAGGAGAUUCAUGAAAUUGUGGACUCUCUUGCAGAUAACUGGAAAAAGAGCAAUGUAUGCACCAAAGGCAGGAAGCAUUUGGAACACAAUGGGGGUCUUCCUAGACAUCAGCAAAACCACAGAGGAGAUGGAGAUUCUGCCAGAGAAAGGCUCUACACAUGCAGUGAAUGUGGGCAGUGUUUUACCCAAAAUAUGGCACUUGUGCUUCACAAGACACUUCAUGCUAGGAAUGGCCAACUUAAAUGGAAAGAACCAGGAAAAUGUGUUGAUGAAUACAAAUUGCCACAUCUGAGCCAAGAAGAAAUCUUUGAAGAAACUGAGGAUUUCAUGAGCCAGGAGUGUGGGGAAUCCUUUAUCCAAAGUUCACACUUGGUGAGGAAUGAGAGAUUUCACCCAGGAUGGGAACCAUACAGAUGGCAGGAGUAUGGGAUGAGUUUUGCUUACAGUUCACACUUGGUGAUGCACAAAAGACUCCAUACAGGAGAGAAGUCAUAUCAAUGCCAGGAGUGUGGGAAAUGUUUUGCUUACAGUUCAGAAUUGGUGAGGCACAAAAGACUCCAUACAGGAGAGAAGCCAUACCAAUGCCAGGAAUGUGGGAAAUGUUUUGCUUGUAGUUCACACUUGGUGAGGCACAAGAGACUCCAUACAGGAGAAAAACCAUACCAGUGCCAGGAGUGUGGGAAUUGUUUUGUUUGCAGUUCACAAUUGGUGAGCCACAAAAGACUCCAUACAGGAGAAAAACCAUACCACUGCCAGGAGUGUGGGAAAUGCUUUGCUUACAGUUCAACCUUGAUGAGGCACAAAAUACUUCACACUGGAGAGAAACCAUACCAAUGCCAGGAAUGUGGGAAAUGUUUUGCAUCCAGUUCAGACUUUGUGAGGCACGAAAGAGUCCACACAGGAGAGAAGCCGUACCAGUGCCAGGAGUGUGGGAAAUGUUUUGCAUCUAGCUCAACCUUGGUGAAGCACGAAAGAGUCCACACAGGAGAGAAGCCAUACCAAUGCCAGGAGUGUGGGAAAUGUUUUGUUUACAAUUCACGAUUGGUGAGCCACAAAAUGCUCCACACAGGAGAGAAGCCAUACCAGUGCCAGGAGUGUGGCAAAUGUUUUGCUUAUAGUUCAGACUUGGUGAAGCACAAAAGACUCCAUACAGGAGAGAAGCCAUACCAAUGCCAGGAGUGUGGGAAAUUUUUUGCUGACAGCUCAGCCUUGGUGAGUCACAAAAGACUCCACACAGGAGAGAAGCCAUACCAAUGCCAGGAGUGUGGGAAGCAGUUUGCUGAGAGUUCAACCUUGGUGACCCACAAACGACGCCAUACAGGAGAGAAGCCAUACCAAUGCCAGGAAUGUGGGAAAUGUUUUGUUGACAGUUCAUGCUUGAUGAGGCACAAAAGACUUCACACUGGAGAGAAGCCAUACCAAUGCCAGGAGUGUGGGAAAUGUUUUAGUCGGACUUCAUCCCUUAACAAGCACCAGAGAAUACACACAGGACAGGAAUCACACAGAUGCCAGGAAUGUGGGAAGUGUUUUGCUUACAGUUCACACUUGGUGAACCAUAAAAGACUUCAUACAGGAGAGAAGCCAUACCAAUGCCAGGAGUGUGGGAAAUGUUUCACUUACAGUUCAGACUUGGUGAGCCACAAAAGACUCCACACAGGAGAGAAGCCAUACAAAUGCCAGGAGUGUGGGAAAUGUUUCACUUGCAGUUCACACUUGGUGAAGCACAAAAGACUCCACACAGGAGAGAAGCCAUACCAAUGCCAGGAGUGUGGGAAAUGUUUUGCUGACAGUUCAGCCUUAGUGAGGCACAAAAGACUCCACACAGGAGAGAAACCAUACCAGUGCCCGGACUGUGAGAAGUGUUUUGCUUGCAGUUCACAAUUGGUGAGCCACAAAAGACUCCACACAGGAGAGAAGCCAUACCAGUGCCAGGAGUGUGGGAAAUGUUUUGCUUACAGAUCACAAUUGGUGUGGCACAAAAGACUCCACACAGGAAAGAAGCCAUACCAGUGCCAGGGGUGUGGGAAAUGUUUUGUUUGCAGUUCAACCUUGGUAAGCCACAAAAGACUCCACAUAGGCGAGAAGCCGUACCAGUGCCAGGAGUGUGGGAAAUGUUUUGCUUACAGUUCAACCUUGGUGAGGCACAAAAUACUUCACACAGGAGAAAAACCAUACCAGUGCCAGGUGUGUGGGAAAUGUUUUGCUGACAGUUCAGCCUUGGUGAAGCAUGAAAGAGUCCACACAGGAGAGAAGCCAUACCAGUGCCAGGAGUGUGGGAAAUGUUUUGCUGACAGUUCAACGUUGGUGAAGCACAAAAGGCUCCACACUGGAGAGAAGCCGUACCAGUGCCAGGAGUGUGGGAAAUGUUUUGUUUACAGUUCACAAUUGGUGAGCCACAAAAGGCUCCACACAGGAGAGAAGCCAUAUCAGUGCCAGGAGUGUGGGAAAUGUUUUGCUGAUAGUUCAUGCUUGUCAAGGCACAAAAGACUUCAUACUGGAGAAAAACCAUACAAAUGCCACACAUGUGGAAAAUGUUUUACUCAGACUUCAUCCCUUAAGAAGCACCAGAGAAUACACAUAACCUAAAAAACAGCCAUUGUGGAUAAACAUUUGAUUUCAAACA